UCAUUGAAGGGGGCCAAGUUGAAGGAUCUUCACAGAUUACACCAGCUUCGUUGUCCAGUCAAACUGUUUACUCUUCUCAUGAAGAAUUCCUGAAGAAGUACGAGAGAAAGUCUGUCGAAGAGAUUUGGGACGUCGCCGUUGUAAGUCAUCGUUGUUUAUUUUUUUGUAGUAUUUAUGUUCCAGAUUUCAAGUUAAACAAUACUUUAUUUGCAAGAAUCUGUCUUUGUUGUUCUUGGUACUAUAAGGUCCGUUGAGGAAGAUUUUGGAUGGUUUUAUGUUGGGUGUUCCAAGUGUAGCAAGAAGGUGAUUCCUGCUUCUGAUCAUGUUGGUGGCCUUGAUGAUAUAGAUGCAGAUGACGCUGCAUCUGAUGAUGGUGUACUUUACUGUCCUAAGUGUAAAAUCCGUUCUCCAACAACUAUCCUUAGAUACAAGAUACGUGUGAGGGUUCAAGAUGCAACUGGCACUAUAUCUUUUGUUAUGUUUGACAAGGAUGUUUCCAAAGUUAUUGGGAGGUCUGCUCGUGAUAUACAUGAUCAACAGCUUAGGGAUGGAGAGGAAAAUGUCUGCCCAAGGGAAGUUAAACAGUUGGUCGGCAAGAGAUACAUUUUCAAAAUUGAAAUUUCAACUUUCAAUCUGACGUCCAACUAUCAUGUUUAUACUGUAUUGAAGCUAUGUGAUGACAAUGAAAUAAUAAAAGUCAUGUUGCAAGAUGAUGCCGCCGAGCAGGAUGUGGAAGAUGUCAAUUCUGAACCCGCAUCUGGAUCCUUUACGUGUUUCAAGGAGGCCUUUUCUUUUACCGAAGACUCGGAAGUACCAACUGAUGCUGCCAAUGAUGAUGCCACAAGUCCUCAAGCUGCUAAACGUUCAAGUGAUGUUUCAAAAGAUGAAAAUGGCGACUCUUCUUCAACAAAACGAAGGCUUCUGAAUGUCAAACUCGAGAAGUGAACGUUAUUUUAUUCUGAUUAUAUGUUUGUUUUUUUGGUAUUAAUCGUUGAACAAUUUAAUUUUGCUACUUUCUCUGUAUAUUUUAUAUGCAAGUUCCGAACAAUUA